ACAGAAAUGAAAUUUUGGUCGAUCGUCGCCGUUGUACUUGUAAUAUACAUGUUUUACAAAGAUCAACAGCGUCGAAAGAAUUCGAAAUCGUUCAACCUAAUUUAAAUUCAACACUGGAAAAAGAUCAAUGAGAUCAGAAUGACCAAUCAACGAAGAGGCAAAAGUUAUCAUUUUUAUGAAUAAGUGAGAACGUUCGAAGAAUUAUUUUCUCGCAAGACAGAUCAGUGCUCUUUAACGAUUAUUUAUAAAAGUGUAAGAAAAGGUAAAUAGAAAUUUUGAUAUAGCAGUGUCAACCGUAUUUAUGUAAUUCCUGAAGGUGCACCAGAACUUAGGACUACCAGAAAAGGCGCGUACCGUAGAAUUCCCAAAACACGUACGGACGAAUUCUACUGCGAACAAGUGCAAAUAGUUUCGCGCGCGGGAACAUUUAGUACUUCAUAAUACAAGGAGAAGAAACGUGACAGCCUUUUCAAGCAUCCGAAUAUUUCAGUUUCAUAUUAGAAAUACGUGAUUAACUUCUUUCUGUUAUGUUUUAAUAUAGUGUAUUCAUUUAGGUUAUUCUUGUUAGGUAAGAUAAUCACGUAUUUAUCAGGCUCCUCUCUCGAGUAAAUAACCACUUUCGCUUGAAAUCGAUCAAUUGUUCUAUUGUAGUCAAUCUUAAAGUACGUUCAAAGAAAUUAAAAUGGAAAUAGAAACGCAUAAUUCGUUGGUUCAAAUGACUGAUGAAGACGAUGAUCUCCUCAACGAAGCCAUUUGUAUGAGCUCUAACGCAUUGAGUAGUGUAAUAGAAUCUGAUAAAGAAGAUCCAAAGAACAAACCUACAGAAACGAAGGAUUCUAUUACCUGCGUUAAUAAAGUUGAGGAAAAUGAAAAAGUUGUUAGUUCAACCGUAAAAGUUAAUGAUAGAUAUAAAUGGAAAGAAAGACAAGCAAAUAAUGUAUAUGGUAUAAAGUAUGAAGAUAAUAUCAGGAACAAGCCAGAAGAUGGAAAUGGUUUCCGCAAAAGAUUUAGAGAAAACCAAACAUAUUACGAGGAUACUAAAAUCUCACGAAUUAGACGUUCUAGUGAUUCAAGUUCCACUACUAAUUCCUCGGAUGGUGGCAGAAAAUCUGUAGAAUAUGAAACAGAUCCUAAAGUAUUAGCUCGUAGGCAAAAGGAGAUAGAUUACGGAAAAAAUACUAUUGGCUAUGAUAGAUAUAUUCAGGCUGUGCCUAAAGAAAAACGUACAAAAGAACAUCCAAGAACGCCACCAAAGUAUAUUAAAUAUAGUAGAAGAGGAUGGGAUGGUAUGGUACGAUCGUGGAGGAAACAGCUCCACUUGUGGGAUCCUUCAGAAGACGAUAACGAUACUAAUUCAAAUGAAGUUUAAGUUUAUUAUGCUUUAUAGUUCCAUGCUUUUUUAUACUUGUAUAAAAUUUAAUCUGAACAGUAGAAUUAGAUAUUUAAUAUGAGUUUUCGUACGUUCUUACAUGUACGUGAACAAUUCUAUAUGUUAAAGGAAGUUGAUCGCAGUUUAAAUUAGAUGAAGUUAAAAAUAUGUACAUGUGUCUUAUAAGAUGAAAAGUUUUUGAAUGUACGAGCAGGAAAAUGAAUAAGUACAUAGAAAUGAAAGGAU